CUCCGCCGCAGUCGCUGCCCGCCCCGCUGCUGUCUGGCGGGGGAGGAGCUGGAGAGCAGGAGCAGCCUCUCUGGCGGUCGUGGCGGUCGGAGGUCCGAGAGCUCUGCUCCUACUGAGAGCGUGCGGGUGUCAGGACUGGGUCUACACCUGACAGUCACUGGAAUGCUACUUCAGGCCUUAGAAGAAAGUGAAACUAAUUUUAAAGGCCCCUUAUUCUUUCUGUUACCUGCCUGCUGAAGUGAAAAUAGAUCUCCCUGCUCCUUUAUUCUGAACUGAUUUGACUUUCCCAUCUCCAAAGCUUGUGCAGGGAGCAGGAGCCUUUCCACUCGAGCCCCAGCUGUAUUGGAAACCCUCCUAAAAGUCAGAGCAAUGGGUCAGGAAUCUAGCAAGCCUGUAUGGCCCAAGCCAUCAGGAGGGUAUCAGUCCAAUACAGGCAGGAGGUAUGGAAGAAGGCAUGCUUAUGUCAGUUUCAGGCCAUCCAUGAACCAGCAGGAAAGGAUUUCCAGCCAGAGAAAGACGACAUCCGAAGUCCCAAUGCACAGAUCAGCCCCCAGUCAAACCACCAAGAGGAGCCGCUCACCAUUUUCCACCACUCGUCGUAGUUGGGAAGACAGUGAGAGCUCGGGAACCAGCCUGAAUGUUGAUAAUGAGGACUACUCCAGGUACCCACCGAGAGAGUACAGGGCCUUGGGUAGCAGAAGAGGAAUGGCUUAUGGACACGUUGACUCUUUCGGGGCAGAUGAUAGUGAGGAGGAGGGGGCUGGGCCUGUUGAGCGAGUGCCAGUUAGAGGGAAAACUGGCAAGUUUAAAGAUGAGAAGCCGUAUGACCCAGAGAAAGGGGCAAGGUCUUUGGCUGGGGUGCCCCCACAGUUCUCUAGCUUUAACCGUGAUGUGAGAGAGGAGCUUGACAAGGUAGACCCAACCCCUGUGGUGAGACGCUCUGCUAGCAGAGCAGAGUUCCUGCAGCCAAAUAGCAUGGCUCCUCAGACGUCUGCCGAAGGCAAGGUGGCAACCACUGGUGACAGCCUGGAGAGGGAGAGACGGGAGCAGAAUUUACCUGCACGUCCCAUCAGGGCUCCUGUGAGUAUUUGUGGUGGUGGGGAAAACACCCCAAAGAGUGCGGAGGAGCCAGUGGUGAGGCCCAAAAUCAGAAAUCUGGCAAGUCCAAACUGCGUGAAGCCAAAGAUAUUUUUUGAUACUGAUGAUGAUGAUGAUAUGCCACACAGUACUUCCAGGUGGAGGGAUUCUGCCAAUGCUGAUGAAGGCCAUGCCAAUGGCCGAGGCAGAAGAGGCAGAGUCGAGAGUUUAAGUGGCUUCUCUGAGCCAAAGUACCCUGAGGAGAAGAGGGAUGCCAGGAAUGACCAAGUGAAGCCGGAAAAGGUGCCAAGACGACGACGAACCAUGGCCGACCCUGACUUCUGGACGUACAGCGAUGAUUACUACAAAUACUAUGAGGAAGACUCUGACAGUGACAAAGAGUGGACUGCUGCUCUGCGUCGGAAGUAUCGAGGCCGAGAGCAAAAUCUGUCAUCCAGUGGUGAAAGCUGGGAGACUCUGCCAGGGAAAGAAGAGCAUGAACCUGAGCAAGUCAGAGUGAAUGCCAGUGCUGGUGCCAGCCCCAGUGCUAGUGCCAGUGCGAACAGCAGUAGCAGCAAUGAACUUGAAGAAGUUCGGGGACCACCUCUUCAAGAAGAGGAGCAGGCACCCCCAGAAGAAGGAGAGGUUCCUUGGCUCCAGUACAAUGAAAAUGAGAGCAGCAGCGAGGGGGGUAACGAUUCUGGCCAGGAGUUUCUGCAGCCAGGAGUGUUCAUGCUGGAUGGAAACAACAACCUUGAAGAUGAUUCCAGCGUAAGCGAAGACUUAGAAGUGGAUUGGAGCCUCUUUGAUGGGUUUGCAGAUGGGUUGGGGGUGGCCGAAGCCAUUUCCUACGUGGAUCCUCAAUUUCUCACAUACAUGGCGCUAGAAGAACGCCUGGCCCAGGCGAUGGAAACAGCCCUCGCGCACUUAGAGUCUCUCGCAGUGGACGUGGAGGUGGCCAAUCCACCUGCGAGCAAGGAGAGCAUCGACACCCUUCCUGAGAUCCUGGUCACUGAAGAUCACAGUGCAGUGGGGCAGGAAAUGUGUUGCCCCAUCUGCUGUAGUGAAUAUGUGAAGGGGGAGGUGGCAACUGAGCUGCCAUGCCACCACUAUUUCCACAAGCCGUGCGUGUCCAUCUGGCUUCAGAAGUCAGGCACCUGCCCCGUGUGCCGCUGCAUGUUCCCUCCCCCACUCUAAGGCCAAGGCUCUUUACUCCUUUGUCGGUUGAUUUUCCCCAUCUGAAAUCCACAAUACUGCAGGAGCCCUCUCAAAAUUAACAAUUGAAAUGAAACCAAUCAGUUGAUUAAUCUACACCUGUUGAUUCCUUGUGAUUCUUUCCAAUGUGAAAACGGUUGUGUGCGAUUGCAUUAAAAAUCCUAUUGUCUCUUAGAGGUUAGAAAAGCAAAACUAAACAUUCUAAAUGCUACUUGAGAUUGCAGUAAAAACAUACAUUUUCUAACCCGAGUGGAAAUAAGUUGCAUUUGUCUUCAGUAGAAUAUGUUGCUGUUAAUUGUAAUGUCAAGUUGAUCUGUUAAAUAUGUCCAGAAGGCAUCAUCAUUUCUGUUGCAUGUUAUGGGUUAAUGUUCCUGUAAUUGCAGUGCCGUAAAAGCUCAUUAAAGUUCUUCUUUUGGUUUUACAUGG